AAUUUAUUAUUACUAGAUGGCUUUAAUCAACCACUUAAUUUUAUACCAUCCACCGUAGAUUUUUUGUAUUUAUAUAACAUUAAGUAUCAAUUAAUACCUGGUUCAAUUCCUGAAACAUUUUCACAGUUAUCUUUACUUGAUGAUUUUGAUCAACCACUUAAUUUUAUACCAUACAGGGUAAAACAAUUAAAUUUACAUAACAUCAAGUAUCAAUUAAUACCUGGUUCAAUUCCAAAUCAUUUAACAACUCUUACAUUUGAUAAUGGUUUCUCUCAACGUUUUACAAAAGGUAUUAUCCCUGACUCUAUACCUUGUAUUAAUAUAGGUGAUGUGGUCUUUCCUUUAGAACCUGGCUCCAUUUCAAACCCCAAACAAACAAUUGAAUAUCUCCCCAACUACAAACAU